AUUCUCGUUUUUCACUAACGAUUACCAUAGCACACGUUUUUUUUUACAUUCUUGACACAGUUUUUCGCACUUUGUGAUCGAUACUCUUGUUCUAUCGUGAGUUGCAAGUUACAAGUCCAUUCGUGUGAUCGUUUUUUGGGGAUUUGUUUAUGGGAUUAUUGAGGUUUUCUUAUCUGAUAAAUGGUUGAGUGAUAAAAAUCGUUGAUAAUGUCGGUUUUAUCUUGUUAAAUAGAGAAGGAAAAUUUUGUCAUGUAAAAUUUCAUUUGGAAUGAAUUAUUUCACUGAAUUGAGAACAUGAAAUUCUUACGCCUCAUUUUCUGAACAAUUAUCUGAUUGCUAUUCUAUGAUUUCUGUGUUGUUGUCCCGAAAUAUCCGAGUUUUUCCCAGGAUGAGCCUCCCCAUUAUGCAACAAAAUUGAUUAAGUGAAAUAAACAAAGUAAAAGUCAAGCCGACCUCCAGCAUCAAUAAUAAACCGUAAAAAGUUUGUUAAAAAACUCGAUGCAAUUCUGAAUGACACGACAAUUCACUCAACUGCGUCACUAACAUGAUCUUUACAAUCAUAAUGGCACACAUUCUGAAGUCUGCAUGCACUCAGACAGUAGAAGAUAAUUAGUGGGAUGAAAUGCAGGUGCUGUUGCAUGUCCCCCCUGUCCCUCAUUACACCUAAGAUUUACAAUAGAAUUUGAGUUUAAAUGACACGUACGAAAUAGCAUAAUUCAUUUCAAUGUCACGCGGGUUAAAUCCUUGAUAAUAAUUGAAGAGAAUUAUCAACCUUGUUGGAUACGUCGCUGCUCCUAGUUACAGGUUCAUUAAUAUGAAUCGACUUGGCGCAGAAACUUUACAUGUUGUGUCGAUGAUGCAGAGAAAUCAAUAUCGACUGACCCUAGAUACUAAAAACAUUUCAUUAUAGUUGUUUAUUAUCCUCACUUGCAGUGAAUUUUUUUUUACCUCAGUGUAUUGUGAUAGCCAUGUGAAGGUGGUUGUUUGAGGAUAAAUAAUAGCAGGGAAUUUCUCCGGAGAAAUUGCUGGUCAAUUCUAUUUGCUUGUUUUUUUUAUUCAUUUGUUGAGUCGGGAGAGUUUCGUUUGCUUUUUAGGCAGAAGCAACUUUUGUUGGUAAUUGCAUGCUGGCAAGAUAUUUUACUGAACGAAUUGGAAUAAUUUAUUUGAAAUUAUUUCAUACUUCGAAUUGGGACCCUUGAUUUCACGCAUGGGCUGUGGAUUAAUUUCAUAUCUGUGUGAUGGGUAGAUGGAUUAAAUUGACUGGUAAAAGAGCACCAGGUGAUGAUCGACGACCUCGUCAGGGAAGUGUCCAUGCACAACCAGCCCAAUUGUCCAAGCUACCAUCGUCAGAAUCACUCACCGCUAACGUUAAUCUCGCCUCAGGUGCUCCUCCGCUUUCUCCAGCUUCAGAUGCCACUGGGCUGUCUGCUAUGGGCGAGAGUAAUUUGAAAUUGGAUUCUGCAUCGGACAAGGCUGACUCGUGCAAGUUAACUCGUAAAGAAUCCUACAAAGCACAACGAAAGAACUAUCGAAUUGAGAAGAAACGCGUCGCAAACGAACUCCUGAGUUCGUUGAAGGAUCCAACAGUGGUUGUAAUGAGCGACUGGCUGAAAGUUCGUGGAACGCUGAAAAGUUGGACAAAACUUUGGUGCAUACUGAAGCCAGGACUCCUAUUACUCUACAAAAGCCCGAAAAUAAAAAGUAAUCACUGGGUUGGAACAGUUCUGCUAAACAUCUGCCAAGUGAUCGAACGGCCCAGUAAGAAGGACGGCUUCUGUUUCAAACUAUUUCAUCCACUCGAGCAAUCAAUUUGGGCGCCGAGAGGUCCCGAGAAAGAGGCUAUUGGAGCUGUUGUGCAACCACUGCCAACAUCAUAUUUAAUAUUUCGUGCUCCAUCUCAGGCAGCUGGAAAAUGUUGGCUGGAUGCACUUGAGUUGUCUUUGCGUUGUUCGUCACUCAUUGUUAGAUCGGCCAGUAUUCUGCCACGUUCUCCACAACAUGAUGCCACGACAACCCACGAGACUCAGUGGAGUGAGGCGGACUAUGAGAAGCAUUUCGAUCACGAAAAACCCGAGGCACAAUUCAAUCCACCAGCACUGAAUUUGGCCCGUUACGCUCCCCGCACCCCAACGACACCCCAAAGACGCUUGCUAUCAUGCCCACAAACCCUGUCACCUGGUUUAUCAAGCAGCAGCCGAAUAUCCUCCCCAAUGCCAAUGUUCCAGCAGCUUUGUCAUGCAGUUGCCUACUGGGAGACACAUUUAUUCGGCAAGUCACCAACACCACCCAUUGAUAAUUGCACCUACGGUGGUAGUUUAGACGAAGAAUUUGGAAGAAGAUAUUCCGACAAUUCAUCACCCAAGUGUGAUACCCAUCAAGUAGUAACGCUAGAUCCUCUUGAUACCCAAAACACAGACCUGGACGAUAUCAGCCAGCCGGAGAAUGGUGUUGUCGCUGAUGCCGAGAUUAGCGCAAGUGACAGUGAAUCUGAGGCCUCUGUCAAGGAUGAGGAGGAGGCUAUCUGCGAGACACCAUAUGUUGCUAAUGAGAAUGAAUUCCUUGGAACGGCGGGAGAAGUUGUUGCAGAGCUCCAAGACGAGCAGAAAUCACUCAUUUGGUUUCUCCUUAAGCAAGUUCGUCCGGGCAUGGACCUGUCGAAAGUGGUGCUACCUACGUUCAUUCUCGAGCCAAGAUCCUUUCUGGAGAAGCUUGCGGAUUCCUACUAUCAUGCGGAUCUACUGUCUCAAGCCGUACUCGAGGACGAUGCAUUUACGCGAAUGAAAGGAGUGGUUAAGUGGUAUCUCUCAGGUUUCUAUAAAAAACCCCAGGGACUGAAAAAACCGUACAAUCCACUCCUGGGCGAGACAUUUCGUUGCUACUGGCAACAUCCAAAUGGCUCGCGUACAUUCUACUUGGCUGAGCAGAUAUCACACCACCCACCUAUCUCAAGUUUCUACGUGACAAAUCGCCAGGACGGCUUUACAAUAAGUUCAACGAUAAUAGCCAAAUCUAAAUUCUAUGGCAAUUCAACGUCUGCUGUCCUCGAUGGUGCUGCUGUGCUGACGAUGCUUCCACGCGGUGAGGAUUACACUAUGACUAUUCCCUAUGCUCACUGCAAGGGAAUUGUCAUGGGUACCUUGUCCAUGGAACUUGGUGGCAAAGUCAACAUCAUUUGUGAAAAAACUGGUUAUCAUACUGAACUUGAAUUUAAAUUGAAGCCAUUCCUAGGUGGUGCUGAGCAAAUGAAUCAGGUAGUAGGUAGAAUUCGUCUGGUGAAAGAGACCCUUGCAACAAUAUCCGGCUACUGGGACGGACAGAUAUUGAUUACCGACAAGAGAACAGGACAGGAGAGUGUCUUUUUCAAUCCUCUCCCCGAGGUGCGUCGCAAGCGUUUGAAGAAGUACACAGUACCCCUGGAGAGUCAGGGUGAAUGGGAGAGUCAGCGUCUAUGGCAGGCUGUCACGAUAGCCAUAAACAAUGACGAUCAGAUUGCAGCAACCGACGCCAAAACAUCCCUCGAGGAAGCCCAGAGAGAACGAGCCAAAGAUCGAAAGCAGAAUAACGACGAGUGGAUACCAAAAUAUUUUGUCCAAGACAUUAUCACUGGCAAUUGGGUGUACAGACACGCUGACAUACGCCCGUGGGACCCUAGAAACGAUGUUGUACAAUUCGAGCAUGAUUACAUUGUUCGUACCAAGACACGCCACAAGACACCUAUCAUGAGAACUGGGAGUAUCGUAUCGGUGGAUCCACAGACACAGUAUCACGAGUUUUGGACUAAGCACGCUGAAUCGCGAUCGUCUCUCUCAGUACUGAAGUCAUCGAAGAGACAAUUGUCAAGUAAUUUACCGCUGACGGAGACUGCUCAUGACUCUGGAAGUUCAUCCGCAGAUGCCCACUCGGACUCGAGUCAGUCCCUCGGGAAGAGGCGGAGGUCUAACGCCAGGCUGAUGCACUCCAUCAAGGAAGUAGAGAGUCGAAUGCUGCAGCAGGGGGAACAACUCAAUAGAAUCCAACGAACGCUAGAGCAAUUGGCCAUCAGACAACGGAGUCAGAAAGAAUCGAGUUACAAUGCGAAUAUGGUCAAGAAUUUCGUGGAUACUGUUAUUGUCAUUGUCGUGGUGUUCUUCGUGCAAUAUAUUUUCAAGAUGUGGAAUCGUAAUAAUUUGGAGACCAAAGAGACUUGAUCACCGAUGGUGUAAUUAACUGAAGAAAUCUAACUAAAAUGUAAUGAAUAUUCCUUAAUGAAUAAGGAACAGCUGCAGCUCUCGAUAAGAAAUGUGAAUGACAAACGUGGAGUCUAAUUGCUGCAUAUGAGUGUAAUCACUGGUGAUGUAUAUUCGAUAGUCUGCCUUUCUGUGUGUGUUUAUUCAACUCCUCCAAUGCCCUGUCCAGGGUAUAUCGUCAUUAGUUCUCGAACGGUGUAAAUAGAAUAUAAUUCAAGAAUAAGACAGGAGAAAUCGGUGUUGAAUAUUAUUUGUUGAGUAAGUGAAUUCAUUUUACUGGAGAGUUUAGUCGCUGAAAGAUAUCCUUUCCCGUUGUUUAUUAACCAUAAUUUUUUCAAUGUUAAUUUUUGCCCCCUUACAGUCCAAUGAAGUUUAAUUCUAAUGUUGUUCGAUUUAUGUAGAGAAUGGAAACGCCGUGGACCUAUUUACGUUUUGUCGUGGGUAAUGAAUAAUUAGAUGUGCAACUAAGUUAUUGUCAGAGAGAUUCCCAUUAGAAUAAUCAAAGAAAAAAUUAUAAUACUUGAUUUAAGGCAUCUCACGAUUACGAAGGAUAAGUCUAUAUCUAUAAUUUCUAGCAAUUUUUAAGAUGAACGAAUUCCAUUCAAUCGAGAUGUGAUUGAUAUUUGUCAGGAGCAGAGAUAAUUGCGAUGGAUAUUUGGGUGGAACUUAUUUAUUAAAUAUUUGGAUUAGAUGAGCCGGAUGAUGUCGAAGGUAUCAGGGUAAUGUGGAGAGAUAAUUGGAAACUGUGAAUUAAUAGUAUUUCAACGAACAUUUGAAUAACCUUGGGCAAUCACAAUUUUAAAAGAGACACUUUGUAGAGACAAAAUAACUGCACUCGUUGUUACUAAUCCAAAUUAAUAUCGAAAUGCUUGUUAGGUACAUGUGCACUGUAAUUUCAAAUGCAUUGAGGUAAAUAAAAUUUAUUCGAUACUUCUUUCAA